AUGUCUACUCAAGCCGAUAUGCAAAGAAGAAGAGCCAGAAGUAUUUCAGUGCCAGAAACAGCUUCGCUAUCAUCAUCGCUGCGAUCAAUUGAUAUUCUGUAUGAGAAAUUAAUGCACUAUCUGCAGGAAAAUGAUCAAUUGAAAAAGCAAAUACAUACACUCAAUGAAGAACAUCAAUCAGAAAUUACCAAACUGAAAGAAAUCAACUCUAGUCUCGUUUUUGAAAAUACCCGAUUAGAAAAGGCUCUGUAUAGUAUGAAUGAAAAUGACAAUAAGGUCGAUCAACAAGCUUCCAUUCAACAAAUCAAAUAUUCUCAACAGGAUUCGUCGACCCUCCAACAACAACAAAUGACCAUUUCAAAUGAAAUUGAAGAAUUAAUGAGAAAAUGUACAGAAUACCAAACCGAGUUGAACAAGGCAAGAAAUGAAUUACAAGACAAGAAUAUACUGAUACAAUCCCUUAACACACAAGUCAAAUUAAAGAAGGAAGAAAACGAUCAAUUAUUAGAAGCAUGUAACAGUAUGAAAUCCAAUUUAAAGAACAAUCAUCAAACUAUCAAUGUGCUGUCGACCAAUGUUAAAGAACUCGUUGAUGAAUGCUCGCAGUUUAGAAAGGAUUGUACUCUCAGUAUGAAUAAUAUUCAGGACAAGUUUAGAGAACAAUUCAAACACGUUCUGCUGAAACGAUCUCAGAGAGAAGCAUCCCAUUCUGUAUCACUAAGCCAAUCCAAUCUGUAA